AUGAAGAAAGAAAAUCAAUUCUUUAACCUGGAUUUUAUUCUCCUGGGAGUUACUAGUCAGCAAGAACAGAAUAAUGUCUUCUUUGUGAUUGUUUUGUGCAUUUACCCCAUCACACUGACUGGAAAUCUGCUCAUCAUCUUGGCCAUCCGUGCUGACAUUCGCCUUCACAACCCCAUGUAUUUUCUCCUUGCCAACCUCUCCUUGGUUGACAUCAUCUUCUCAUCCGUAACCAUCCCUAAGGUGCUGGCCAACCAUCUCUUGGGCAGCAAGUUCAUCUCCUUUGGGGGAUGCCUAAUGCAGAUGUAUUUCAUGAUAGCCUUGGCCAAGGCAGACAGCUAUACCUUGGCUGCAAUGGCAUAUGAUCGAGCUGUGGCCACCAGCUGCCCACUUCAUUACACAACAAUUAUGAGUCCACGGUCUUGUAUCCUGCUUAUUGCUGGGUCUUGGGUGAUUGGAAACACCAGUGCUCUCCCCCACACUCUGCUCACAGCUAGUGUGUCCUUCUGUGGCAACCAGAAAGUAGCCAAUUUCUACUGUGACAUUAUGCCUUUGCUGAAGUUGUCCUGUUCUGACGUCCACUUUAAUGUGAAGAUGAUGUACCUAGGGGUCGGCGUUUUCUCUUUGCCAUUACUAUGCAUCAUUGUCUCCUAUGUUCAGGUCUUUUCCACAGUCUUCCAAGUUCCAUCUACCAAGAGUCUAUUCAAAGCCUUCUGUACCUGUGGCUGCCACCUCACAGUUGUUUUUUUAUAUUAUGGUACAACGAUGGGCAUGUAUUUCCGCCCUCUGACCAGUUACAGCCCCAAAGAUGCAGUGAUAACUGUGAUGUAUGUGGCAGUGACCCCAGCAUUAAAUCCUUUCAUCUAUAGUCUGAGAAAUUGGGAUAUGAAGGCAGCCCUACAGAAACUCUUCAGCAAGAGAAUCUCCUCAUAG